UCAAAUAUUUAAAAGUAAAUCGGUAUAGUGUUCAAAAAAAAGAAAAAGAUUAAUACUGAUUGAUCAACCAGUUGCACCGAUUUGUACUUCGGUUACAGAAAGCAGUGAUUUGUUUCUGAUAAGAGAUCAAACUUGUGUGGAUGUAUUUGUUGAGCAGGGGGAGCUCUCUCCGGUUUCUGCCCGCUGAUGAUGAUGGAGGCUCGGAUGGUGAUGCGCGGAGCUGCUGCCGUUUUGGUCCGGUCGUGAUGGACCCAUUUGACGGUCCCGGUUCUGCCCGACACGAGGAGCAGGAGGAGGCGGGGUGCGCGGAAAGCCGCAGCCGGUGGGCCCGCUUCUCCUCCUGGUUGGAGUGCGCGUGCGUCGUUACGUUCGACUUGGAGCUCGGACAAGCCAUUGAGCUGGUUUAUCCUCAAGAUGUGAAGCUGACAGAGAAAGAGAAAACCAGCAUCUGCUACCUGUCCUUCCCUGACUCGUACUCAGGGUGCCUUGGGGACACUCAGUUUAGCUUCCGCUUCCGUCAGUCGGUCGGUCGCCGAACAUCGAGGCUCAGAGACGACCUUUACAACCGUGACGCUCCCGUCACACUGCAGAGAGAAACGGCGCAUUUCUUUGGUUACGUCUACUUCAGACAAGUGAAGGACGUCUCUGUGAAGAGGGGCUACUUCCAGAAGUCCCUGGUGCUGGUGUCCAGGUUACCAUACACUCACCUGUUCCACUCGCUGAUGCAGACCAUUGCACCUGAGUUCUUUGAGAAGCAUGAGCCCUGCCUUGAAGCAGUUUGUAACGAGAUCGACCAGUGGCCUUCACCUGUACCUGGGCAGACCCUCAACCUGCCUGUAAUGGGCGUUAUCUUACAGGUGAGGAUUCCUUCUAAAUUCGACAAACCUGGGGAAAACCUGCUGCCGGCGCCGACCCUCCUGCCCACCAUCCACGAGCUGGACCUGUUUAAGUGUUUCCAGUCCGUUCUAAUCCACCUGCAGAUGCUCUGGGAACUUGCCUUGCUCGGGGAGCCGCUUGUCAUCAUGGCUCCAUCUCCCACCAUUUCUUCGGAAACAGUCCUGGCUAUCAUCACUGAUCACUUAAUCUGA